AUGCGCGGUAAGCUUCUCCUUACAAUUAGAGAUGCGAGCAUAGAAAGAGACAGGUUGGGGACUCUGAGCGACUCACAAUCAGUAGAUUGGCUAUGCAGUAUAAAUCAAUGGCUAAUGGUCAAAUACAGGGGCCCGGAAGUGGAAACAUGGCUGGGAGCAGAAGAAGGAACCGACCCAGCAGCGGACAACGACUGGUCGCUGCUGCCCUUCAUGGCCUUGAGCGACGGCGCCCAUGCCUCUGCUGAAGACUACUCCUACUUCACCCUCCGCCGCGCGCAAACCUCGACCCAACCCGCGACAUCGCUCUUCGGUAUAUCGUGUACGCGACAACUCGAUGCGAGCAAGCUUAUCGAUCGGCCGGCUGAGGUUACCAGGAGUACGGUGCAGAAAGCUGUUGUUGUGAUUAGCGAUAGUCCGCAGCAUUUUGGGGCUAUCAAAGCGCAGCUGGGUGUCGUCACGCAGCUGUGGUUCAAUCAGAGAGACUUUACGGAUAUUGAGAUAUUAGAGCGUUUCACGGAAAGUCUUCCACAACUGCUCAGGAAUCAGGAGGGGCAGCAAGACCACUAUUUUGGUAUAUCCCUCCGCGAAUUCAUACACGAGUUCAAGUGGCAGACUUUGGUUCUUUUUAAGUGCGCAUUACUUCAGCCAAAGGUCCUCUUCUUCGGCUCCCAUUGCGAACGACUAUGCAUGAUGCAAUUUGCUCUUAUUUCACUGAUACCCGGCCUCAUACGCCACCUACAAGAUGCUGCCGAUCCCAAGUUCAAUUCGUGUGAAGAGAAAUGUGUCAUGCCUACUUCAUUAAAGACAUCGGAGCGCGCUUCCCUACUGGCGUACAUGGGUCUUCCACUACAGCUAUUCGGUACAGGCUCCCUGUUCGGGCCAUACACACCGCUUCAGCAACUCGAUAUACUCGCAGAUCAAGACACGAAGUCCUACAUCGUCGGCUCCACAAACUCGCUGCUACUUCAGCAAAGAGAUCGAUAUAGCGAUAUUCUUAUCAACCUUGAUGACCAUACCGUAAACAUUACCUCAGCCGCGCUUCGACAAGCAUCAGUUUUGUCCACACCAGACCGGAGAUGGAUGGACUUCUUGACACAGACGAUCAACGAUACCUGGGAUGAAAAUGACCCAGCACGACCCAAGGACCAUGGAUAUGCCGGCAGUGAAGAGUUCAUCCGUAUGCAAUUCGAAGAGUACCUUCUCGCUAUGCUCAGCUCCGUGAAAUACAAGAUAUAUAUGGAGAAGAACGCACACAAAGAGAACUUGAUCACAGAAGUGGAAGGAGACCCGGCGAGCGAGUUCUCAAAUGAAUGGGUACAAGCCUGGAUGCAAACUGAGAACUUUCGCAUCUGGAACAAGUUUACAGACUCACACCUCUUCGACAUUGUCGAUCCCAAACACCCUUGCUCUGGUGGCCUGUCAAUGGAAGACGUUCAACGCCGACUGGCACAUCUGCUUUCCAACCCAACUCUCCAAGCCAUAUCUCUCGGCGUGUGUGUGCUGAUGCUCGCGGAAGUCUUGGGUAAACAGAUUGCAGUAGGCCAACAAAAGGUUAGCUCUGCGUACAACCGCUUGUGGGCAGAGAUGGAAGCCAUGCGUGAGGCACAGAGGAAGAGAGCCGAAGAAGCUCGACUACAAGCCGAGAAGGAGGGAAGGCCGGUCGACGAUGGGAAGAAGUGGAAAGCACCUCAAGCCCCUGAUCUCUCAAACGCGAAAGCAAGUGCCGGUGCGUACUUCUCCAGCUGGGGCACCUGGGCAAGCGAGAAGAGGAAAGGAUGGGGAACAAAGACACCGGUAUCCUCGCCUCCACCAGGCGAUAUCAAGAGAGCAGAGGACUUCAAGAGAGAAAAGGAUGCUACAAUUGGUGAUACCCCGGCAAGUCCACCACCGCAAGACGUCAAGAGACGCAGCCUGUUCUUCGACGCAGAGAAAGACAAGGAGGCUGUUGGGAAGGAUUGA